AUGGGUUCCCAGGACAAUUCUAAAUCUCAGUUCCCCCUGCCGGAGCUGUCACACGUGAAAUCGGUGCCAGAGGAUGACUUACAUGACCUUAUCUGCGUGGGAUUUGGUCCUGCGUCUCUUGCGAUAGCUAUUGCUCUGCAUGAUGCUCUCGACCCCAGACUCUCUAGAUCACCUGCACGGGGCCACCCUAAAGUGUGUUUCUUGGAGAAGCAGGAGCAGUUCUCGUGGCAUUCUGGGAUGCUGCUUCCUGGUUCCAAGAUGCAGAUCUCUUUCAUCAAGGAUCUGGCUACCCUGCGUGAUCCGCGGAGCGAAUUUACUUUCCUCAACUACCUCCAUAACAAAGGGCGGCUCGUGCGGUUUUCGAACCUCGGGACAUUCCUGCCAUCGAGGCUGGAGUUUGAAGACUACAUGCGGUGGUGCGCAGAGCGGUUUAAGAACGUCGUGGCCUACGGACAGGAAGUUUUGGAGGUGGUCCCUGCAAAACCCCAACCGGGAAGCUCCGUCGUCGACGCGUUCAUCGUCUUCUCGAAGGAUGUGAGGACGGGAGUCAUAUCGGCGAGGAGAGCGCGACAUGUGGUCAUCGCCGUUGGGGGCAAGCCCAAAAUCCCUCCGAACUUGCCUUCGCACCCACGAAUUAUGCACUCUUCCGCAUACUGUACGACUCUACCAGCUCUGUUGAAGGAUGGCUCCAAGGCGUAUCGCAUUGCCGUCGUGGGGAGCGGUCAGAGUGCGGCGGAAAUAUUCCACGACCUGCAGGUUCGAUACCCCAACUGCAAAACGACCUUGAUCAUGAGAGACUCGGCUCUUCGUCCCAGCGACGAUUCACCAUUCGUCAAUGAAAUCUUCAACCCGGAACGAGUCGACGAAUUCUACCGUCGGUCACCCGAUGAGCGUCGCAACGAUCUUGUCGCCGAUCGAGCGACCAACUACGGCGUCGUCCGGCUCGAGCUGAUCGAACAGAUCUACCAUGACAUGUACAUCCAGAGGGUCAAGAACCCCAACGAACAGGAAUGGCAACAUCGUAUUCUCCCCCGUCGCCAGGUGACGCAGGUCGAAUCGGACGGUCCAGAUGGCCCACUUCGGAUACGGAUCGAUCCGGUGACGUCUUCCUCCGGUCCCGAGAGGACAGAAGUCCUGGAGGUUGACGCCUUGAUGGUGGCGACCGGCUACGUGCGAAACGCGCACGAGGAGCUGCUGGCGAAGGUUGUGCACUUACGACCGACGGGUCAGGGUGACAAAUGGCAGGUGCGCCGGAACUACAGCGUGGUGCUGGACCCAAGCAAACGACAGUCUCCUGUCCGUGCUGGCGACGCGAGGUGGAGAGAUGGUAGACUCGAUUUUGGGGGACCAGCUGUAUCGGCAGACGGGCAGCCGCGCGAUGCUAUGAUGGGGGCCAUGGAGAAUCUCCGAGGUUGA